AUGAGUUCAGGUAUAUUUGCUCUCCUCCCCCUCUUGUGUCUCGUCGGCGGGAUCGCAGCUCUUCCUGCCCAUCAAGAGAUACAACGAAGGGUGCCGAAUUUGGCGGACGAUGUUGUACCUGGGUCGUUGCUGCCCGGUCGAUGGUAUCAUGGGGAGGACCAUGCCGCUCAUGCCUUGUUCCGCCGUCAAGACGAUGGCGAGUCAGCUCAAGUCGGGAGUCCAACCUGGAGUGCCGCUUACCCUACAUCCACGCCUGACCCGAAUGCUAUUCCUCAGGCUUGGAAAGACGCACUCAACGACGCCAUCCAGGCCGGCACGAUCCCCGACCUCGAUCCAUCCACUCAGACCGCUCCGGGCACCAACCCCCUCUAUGGCAAAUCUGACCCGAACAGCCCCUCGAUUUGCUCGGCGACAUAUCAGUGCAGGAUUGAUGGUCAGAUUUGGGAUGCUCCCAACGGGACUCUUGGUUUGGGUUUUGACGAUGGUCCGUUGCCACCUUCGGACAACCUGUACGCAUUCUUGCAAAAGAAUGAGUUACACGCUACACACUUCUUCAUCGGGGUCAACAUCGUUAAUAACUGGAAGGAGUUCCUGACGGCGUUCGAGACUAAUGAGGACGACAUCGCCGUGCACACUUGGACGCAUCCGUAUAUGACAACCUUGAGCAGUGAGGAAGUCGUGGCACAACUCGGUUGGACAAUUCAGGUGAUCUAUGACUCCACGGGAGGCAAGCUUCCAGCAUUCUGGCGCCCCCCAUACGACGUUCGUGUUACUGCCAUCGCACAGGAAGUGUUUGGUUUGACCACCAUUGUUUGGAAUCACGAUACGGAAGAUUGGUCCCUCGGCGAAGGCGGCGGUGCAACUUCUGCGGGUAUCCAGAGCAACUACGAGAAAUGGCUUUCUGGCUCCAAAUCCCCUGGUCUUAUCGUCCUCGAACACGAGCUCUCAGAUGGUUCUGUGCAAGCCUUCAUGGACGCAUACCCUCUUAUGAACCAAUACGGCUGGACUGUCACCUCCGUCGCACAACUUAACGGCGGUGCUUGGCAGGACGACAGCGAUUCCAGCUCAAGCUCGAAUAGCUCGUUCCCUCUCCCCGGCGACUCGAAUGACAAUAGCUCGAGUUUCCCUUCGUCGAUCUCCGCCUCCGCCUCUGCAACAGCCAACUCUUCGGCGACGCAGACUUCGACUGCGAGUGCAGCUGGCAAUAGCUCAGCGAGCAACCAACGCACGUCGAGUGGCGCGCACGCGGUCGGUCUCCACGGAAAGACGAUUCCUACGUUCAUGGUCAUCGCGGCUUUCGGUAUUUUGGCUGGAUUGAUACUCGUAUAGAAUGGACAUUGAAUACCGAAUGACUGAACUCUCGG